AUGAGUAAUGUAAGGCCUUAUCAAUUGGCAUCGCGGCCAUUACUAGGAGCUGAAGUCCAUGGAAUUGAUUUAACUGGGAAUGUUUCUAGCUCCGUCAUAGAGAUGAUCAAGAAAGAUGUAACUGAUCAUAGAAUAGUUAUAUUCCGUAACCAGAACCCUAUAAGUGGUCAUCGCCAAGUAGAAAUUAGCCAAUGGUUUGGGCAGUUGGAAUCAACCUUUUAUAAGCAUCCCAAAUCACCUCACCCUGAUGUCUUUCGUGUAUCUAACGUCGAAAGUGAGGGCUGCGUUGGUGUAGGUCGAACAGGAUGGCAUAUUGAUGGCAGCUUUCAAUCUGAACCCUUCUCGCAUUCUCUUUACUAUAUGCAUCACGUUCCCAAACAUGGCGAUACAGCUUUUAUACCAUUAAAUGAUGUACUAAAGAAAAUAUCCGAAGUAAAGAGACAACGAUGGGAAAGGCUAUGGAUGUGUAGCGAUAGAAGAGGUUAUCAUAGUCAUCCGCUAGUAUAUCCUCACCCUAUUACAGGUCUUAAGACUUUAUGCUUCCACCUUGGUAUGACUGAUGCAUUCAUAUGGGAUAAAGGAACACCGAAUGAGCACUUAACAACACCGGAAGAGACACAAAAGAUCUUAGCUGACAUACAUAGCGAAAUUAUAAGCAGCCAGUUAAUAUAUCGCCAUAAGUGGAGAGUUGGUGAUUUCAUAAUAUCAGAUAAUUUAGCAGUCGGACACGAGGCAACUGAAGAAACUCAGCAUGAUCCAGAACUGCGGUAUCGAAAGCUUAUCUAA